UACCUGACAGGCUGUACACGGGUCAAAUUUAACACGCGACGCAUGACGUCAAACGUCCGCGCCGAUUUUACACCACGUGGGGACGUUUUUUGACGAGGUAGCAAAACAACCGCAGUGACGCUCACCUGUCUGUCAGUGAGCAUGAUAAAAACUUUUUUUGUUUCUUUCUAGGUCGUUAAAAAUACUCCCAAGGAAGAGCCGCGAAGCUUUUUUGCUCCCAGAGUCACUUUUUCUAGACCAUGCCCCACGACCCCGACCCUCCUCCGGCUAAAAGGUUUAAGCCGGGGUCUGUUUUUUUCCGUCUCGAUAAGAAUAAGCCUGGAAUGCUGCUGCCUAGAAAGGGAAAUGCAACCACUCCGAUAGAAGUCCAGAGGAAACAGCUUCCCAUCUACCAGGCGAAACCUCAGCUGCUGAACCAACUGAGACAGCUUCACAAUGCUAUUCUGAUAGGGGAGACCGGCUCUGGGAAGACCACUCAGAUCCCCCAGUACCUGUAUGAGGCCGGCAUCGGACGACAGGGCAUCAUCGCCAUCACUCAGCCCCGGCGAGUGGCAGCGAUCUCCCUGGCAGGAAGGGUGGCAGAGGAGAAGAGGACUCAGCUUGGCAAGCUGGUCGGUUACACGGUGCGUUUCGAGGAUGUCACCUCCUCUGAGACGAAGCUGAAGUUCAUGACAGACGGCAUGCUCCUGCGCGAGGCCAUCGGAGACCCCUUACUGCUGCGCUACACCGUGGUGGUCCUGGACGAAGCUCACGAGCGCACCGUGCACACCGACGUGCUGUUCGGCGUGGUGAAGACCGCUCAGCGCAGGCGCAGAGAGCUGAAUAAGAUUCCCCUGAAGGUCGUAGUGAUGUCAGCCACCAUGGAUGUGGAUUUGUUUUCUGAGUACUUCAACAAGUCACCUGUUCUGUACCUGGAGGGCCGGCAGCAUCCCAUUCAGAUCUACUACACCAAGCAGGCCCAGUCAGACUACCUGCAGGCUGCACUCGUCUCAGUCUUCCAGAUCCAUCAGGAGGCCCCGCCGUCCCACGACAUCUUAGUGUUCAUGACGGGUCAGGAGGAGAUCGAGGCCCUGGCGAGAACGUGCCGGGACAUCGCUAAGCAUCUGCCUGACGGCUGCGGUCCCAUGGUAGUUAUCCCUCUGUACGCGUCUCUGCCUCCAGCUCAGCAGCUCAGGGUCUUCCAGCCGGCUCCCAAGGGAUCCAGGAAGGUUAUCCUGUCAACCAACAUUGCAGAGACGUCAGUUACAAUCUCUGGGAUCAAAUACGUCAUAGACACGGGGAUGGUGAAGGCCAAGCGUUUCAAUCCAGACAGCGGGCUGGAGGUGCUGGCGGUGCAGCGGGUGUCUAAAGCCCAGGCGUGGCAGCGAGCAGGCCGGGCAGGCCGCGAAGACUCGGGCUCCUGCUACCGCCUCUACACCGAGCAGGAGUUUGACAGCCUCAUCCCGAUGACCGUGCCUGAGAUCCAGAGGUGUAACUUGGCCGGUGUGAUGCUUCAGCUCAUGGCUCUGGGGAUUCCUGAUGUGAUGAAUUUUGAUUUCAUGUCCAAACCUUCUCCAGAGGCCGUCCGUUCCGCCGUGGAGCAUUUAGAGCUGCUGGGAGCUGUGGAGAGGAAGGACGGGCAGGUCUUCCUCACCGCUCUGGGAAAGAAGAUGGCGAGCUUCCCUCUGGAGCCCAGAUACGCCAAGACCAUCCUGUUGUCCCCCGACUACUCCUGUUCCGAGGAGAUUUUGACCAUUGUGUCUCUGCUGUCAGUGGACACUGUGCUGUACAACCCUCCUGCCCGGCGCGAGGAGGUGCUUGCUGCACGCAAGAAGUUCACUUCCAGUGAGGGGGACCACAUCACGCUGCUCAACAUUUACAGAGCGUUCAAGAAAGUCAGCGGCAAUAAGGAGUGGUGUCGGGAGAACUUUGUCAACAGCAGGAACAUGGGUCUGGUCAAAGAUGUCCAGGCCCAACUCAAAGAUAUCUGCCUUAAGCUGAAUCUGAAGCUGGAGUCAUGUGGGCCGGACACGGGGAACGUUCGCCACUGCCUCGCCCACGGGAUGUUCGUCAACGCCGCGGAGCUCCAACCCGACGGCAGCUACUUGGCUCUGGACACGCACCAGCCCGUGGCCAUCCACCCCUCCUCCGUCCUCUUCCAGGCCAAGCCAGCAUACGUGGUCUUCAACGAGCUGCUGCACACGUCCCGCUGCUACAUGAGAGACCUGUGUUUGGUGGACGCCGACUGGCUGCUCGAGGCGGCGCCGGAGUACUUUGGCCGCAAACUCCGACCGACCAAGAGCUAACGACGGAGAAACGGAGACUGGAGCUGAUCUCUGCGAGGACGCCUCCCCUCAAACCACCCAGCGGCUAUAAAACUGGAAAAUGUAUUCUCUGAAUCUGGUUGAAGACGCUUCAUAACCAGUGCGAAUCAGAACCGAACAUUUCCCGUGCAGUAAAACUUCUCUGGAUCACUACCUCCCAGUUGACAAGCAUUUGGCAUGUGUCACUGCAGCAGAACUCUGCAUACUGAGGCCUCACAACUAUGACUUCCUUUAUGACUGUCAUUCAGAUUUUUAAACUGUCUUUCUUCUGCCUGAUAGUAUUUCAUCAUGCCAUUCGGCCACCUGUUUCACACCUAACAAAGAAGACAGUCUUUUUAAAGGUGGCGUGCAUCAGUUCUUACCACAUAUGCAUGCAUUUUGUCAGCACAGAUAACCUCACACCUCACCUUUCUUCAAAAUCUGAUCUAAUCAGAUGUAUCACUUUCACAAAAUACGAUGCUACAUUCAUAUGCAAGACCAGCUAGCAGUUGUUGUUUUCCGUGCAACAUUAAAUAACAGAGCUGCAACAUUUAAUAAAGUUGUUGUCAGCUACUCCAGUUAAUCACAAACUGUUUUGAUAAGCGAUUAAUCCACUGGAGUCAUUUUUUGUAGAGCAAAAAAAGCAACAUUCUCCGAUUCCAGCUUCUUGACUGUGAAAGUUGUCCGGUUUCUUCCCUCUUCUAUGUCAGUAAACUGAAUAUAUUUGAGUUUCGGACAAAAUGAGACAUUUGAGAAUGUCAUCUUUAGGAUUUGGGAAACACUCACCAACAUUUUUCUGACAUUUUUUUUAUAGACCAAACAACUCAUCUAAUAAUCGAGAGAAAAAAAAUAAACAGCUGAAUUGACAAUGUUAGUUGCGGCCCUGUUGAAUAGAAGUGGAGGGUCGGCUGACGUGUCACAUUUUGUUUGCCUCUUCUCAGAAGCUAAGAGAUGCAGACUUGACUUGAGCCCUGGCGCCAUGCAGUUUGUAGGUUCGUACAAAGUGUCUUAAAGGGUUUUAAAUAUGCAAGGACAGUACAUUUGUCUACAUCUAUGAGAUUAUAAGAAAGCUAAAAUAAGCGUUUUUCUACAUGUCACAGAGACAUGAUUUCACUUUGAUAGUUACUCCCCACGCCGCGCUCGUCUUGUUAUCUCAUGCAUGCCUUUUUUCACUCUAUGAUUGUAUCACCGGUUCCUCUAGUCCAUGCACAUCAGGAGAAGCAGCAUGCCUUAUUCUCCAGGUUCUACUCUUUGCCGUCGUAUUUGACUCAGCCUCUGCACAGACUAACCACGGCUGUAUGCUGACAACAAAUGUAUGCAAUGCAUGGAGAUUAUAGUUAACGAUCUGACCUCUCAGGUCUUUCAUAUUUUGUAGAGUCGACACCCUGUGGAGGAAUAGAAUGGAUGCUCCUCUUGUCUUUUUUUUUUUUUUUUUUUUUACACUGGACUCAGGAUUGUACAAUAUACACGAUAAUCUGAAUAAGUGACAUAAAUUGUUUCUCACUUUUAAAAAUGCCAAAUGCAUCUGGGGUUGCUGUAGAGAAUCAUCAGACUGUCUAACACAGAGGUUGUAUGUUCACUUCAUGUUCUUUAUAAGGUUUCUUGUUGUUUUCAUGCACAAAGGAAAAGUAGGCCAUUUAAGAUCUGCAUGUUUAUGAAGUUUGUAAGAUCAAAUGCACGCCUUUGAUGAGUUUAUUAAGAGUAUAUUUAAUACUUGAUUUGUUAAAGUCUUACUUGACAACUAUUGGUAUAAUUUCGAAUAAAAAAAUACUGUCACUGUCUCACAGAACAAGUCUGCA